AUGAAAACGGAAUCUAAAUCACAAAAUAUAAGAAGUAAAAAUCAUUUACCUCAUGUUACUGUUUGUCACAACCGUUUAAACGAAUACAUAUCCCAUUAUGAAACAUUAGAUUAUGAUCAUCAACAUAUACGCGCUAGUCACCAUAGAGCCCGACGAUCAGUGACCAAAGAUCAUUAUGUACAUUUAAAAUUUCAAGCACAUGGAAGAGACUUCCAUAUUAGAUUAAAACGUGAUUUAUAUACAUUUAGUAAUAAGUUAGAGAUAAUUGAUAGCAACGGCCCUCUCGAUGUAUCAACCGAUCAUAUUUAUGAGGGCGAUGUGAUAGGGGAUCGUAAUAGUUAUGUAUUCGGUUCCAUAUUGGAUGGAGUAUUUGAGGGUAAAAUAAUAACCGAACGUGAUGCCUAUUAUGUUGAACAUGCCAAACGUUAUUUUCCAACAAAUUUUACACAAAUGCAAUCAUUGGAAUUGCACAGUACUGAUAAUAAAAAUAUUAAUACAUCUUUAACUACAACAACAACAACAUCAUCGUCUACAACAACAACGACGACAACAUCAACAACAACAAAAUCACCUUUAGCUAAAAGUAAAAGUAUAGAAGAUCAUCAUGAUGAUAUAGUUAAAAAUGUUGGUUUUCAUUCGGUGAUCUAUAAGGAAUCACAUGUCGAUGAUGUCUAUAAGGAUGUGAGAGAAGGUAAGUGAGAAUUAGUUUUAGAA